GGUGAAUAUGUCAUGUUGUUGUCCAGAAACAUAACCUGAAUUUGGGGAAGACAUUCGUGGGUUUCGUAGGUUUGUCGCGGACUUGUGAACGCUUAAAUUAAUACAAGAUGACUACGUUGCGACCAUUCACUUGUGAUGACAUGUUCAAAUUUAAUAACGUUAAUUUGGACCCACUCACUGAGACUUACGGGCUGGCCUUUUACAUGCAAUAUCUGGCCCACUGGCCGGAAUAUUUUCAAGUAGCGGAGUCCCCAAGCGGGGAGAUCAUGGGAUAUAUAAUGGGAAAGGCGGAAGGACAACGAGAGAAUUGGCACGGGCAUGUGACGGCGCUGACAGUGUCCCCAGAUUACCGGCGAUUAGGACUGGCUGGAUUGCUAAUGAAUUUCCUCGAAGAUGUUUCAGAAGAUAAGAAGGCAUACUUUGUUGAUUUAUUUGUUCGCGUGAGCAAUAAAGUGGCCAUAAAUAUGUACACUAAUUUAGGAUACAUCGUUUACCGGACAGUACUGGAAUAUUACUCGGGCGAUCCUGAUGAAGAUGCUUACGAUAUGCGAAAAGCUCUGUCCAGGGAUGUAGACAAAAAAUCGAUGAUACCGUUAUUGCAUCCUGCCAGGCCGGAAGAUGUCGACUGAAAUGUUUCACUGAUUUUUUAAAAACUAUAUUUUAAGCUGUUAUGUAUUAUAUGGAAAUUCAGAUUUGUGAGAAGUAAAACCAGUGGCGUAUGACUAAGAAAAUUACAUGAAAUGUUUGUAAUAAAAUAAAUAGUCUCAGUGAGAGACAUGGAAUUCUUCAAUUCAAAAUUAUUAUCAUAUCGUAACUAUUUAUUUAUAUACAAUGCCACUUGAAUAAAAUUUGGUGUCAAUUGAA